GCCUGACUGACCCUGCAUGCUGCAGCCUCCAACAACACUCUCCUCCAUUCGACACAAUUUCCCUUGAGAGAUCGGGUUCUCCAUUUCCUCCCACCAAUUCCACUCCAACUUCAGACUCCAUUCGCCCCCUUCCCUCCCUUUCGUGACGCGCAUAUCUAAUCGAUCUCGCUCAUCCUCGACCUCCGAAAUCCGGGGAAGCUUCGCUUUCCCUUGCAAUCCCAAUCGCGCGACUAGACCACUCUCGCGAUCUCUCUUCCCUCCUCUCACCUCAGGGUAAAAUAAACACAACGAUCAGUAGCUUCGAAUUAUCGCUCUGAAUAUCUUGUCGUGCGGAAGUCCCCCACCGAUGCGGUACCCCCUUGCUACACCCACGACCGACUCCGCUCUCGCCGUUGCCUCCGCAUCCGCACCCACCACUGCGCUCAUGAAGCCACCCUCGACCAGACUACAUUCGGGUUUCAGUUCGUUGUUGUUGUUGUUGCGCGUUGAAUCAUGUCAGACUCAGUGGACCGCGUCUUCGUCCACGCCCUCAACACAGUUAAGCGGAUUCCGCGGACGGGGACGGCGCGUCCGCCCGCCUCAGAGCGGUUGAAGUUGUAUGGCUUGUAUAAGCAGAGUAUGGAAGGUGACGUUGAAGGUGUCAUGGAUCGGCCGGUGGGGAAUACUCCGGAUGUGUUUAUGGAGUGCGAGAAGUGGGAUACAUGGUACGCCCAGCGCGGUCUCUCCCGCACCGAAGCCAAACGCCGGUACAUCUCCACGCUGAUCGAGACGAUGCAUCAGUAUGCGUCGCAGACGGCCGAGGCUCGCGAGCUGGUCGCCGAGUUGGAGUUCGUCUGGGAUCAGAUCAAGUCGAAUACCGCUUCGCUGGAGUCGUCGGAGUCUGGGUCGGAGGCCGUUCUGAGGAGCCAGGGAUUGGCGGACUUCCGGUCACAUCAUGGGUCGGCAGGGGCGAGUGGUGGCGGUGGUGCUGCUGCUUCUGCGUCGGGGCGGCGCUUGUCGCGCGAGGAGUAUGCGCGGUGGCUUCUUGCUACGUCGGUGGGGGAAGGCGAGGCGGCGUCUCGACAUGGUGGGCGCGGACGUGGUCGCGAGGAGGGCUCGGGGCUCAGGGUGAUGAGUCCUGUAAGUCAGCCGGGGGCGUAUGCUCGGUCGCGUUCCAAGGGGUUUGGGGAUGAUGAGGUCGACCGUGACCAUGAGGAGGAUGAGGAGGAGGAGGAGGAGGAGGAGGACGAGGACGAGGAAGAGGUGUACGCGGAGGCUCAGGAUAAUCUUUAUGAAGAAGAAGACGAUGACGACCAUCACCAUGACGAUGCGGAGGAGAACGACUACCGACCACAACCCCAUCCUCACGAGGCAAUAGAACCCCCCGAUCCCCCGUCCAGAGGGAGGUCACGACGACCGCCGCCCCCCCCUCCCACCCCGGCAUCCUGGCGUCGCCGCGUCGAGCAGGCCUUGACGACGAUGACGGCCGAGAUCGCCGCCGUGCGCGAGCAGAUGGAGGCGCGCGCGCGGGCCCAGCGCCGCCGCUCGGGCGUCUGGGCCUGGGUCCGCUGGUUCCUGUGGGUGUGUUUCCGGCAGGUGAUGGUGGAUCUGGGCCUCCUGGGGAUCUUGUGGGUGUGGAUGCGCCUCCGCGGGGACCGGCGGCUGGAGGUCGUGCUCAAGGUUGGGUGGGCGGAGGUGAAGAAUCGAUUGGCGCGGACGAGGCCCUGGCGGAGGAAGAGGAUACCUCGAGGUGAUUCUUGAAAUCUGAGACUCUCCCGUUAGGUGUUGGGUUCCUGUGGUCUCCAUGUUCUCGUAUAUAUUAUAUAUUUCUGUUGUUUUGUAUGUAUGCAUGGCGUGGACAUCUUGAUGGUGGACAUGCUUUUUCUUCUUGUUGGUUCAUCCUCCAUCGAGAUUUCUUUUUGUCUGUCGUGAGAGCCAGUGUACUGUGCACUAAACCACAAUGUUAUCAUGUAGCAGCAUCUAGACAGGAUCACCACGCCACGCACUGACUACACACAAACCCCAAGGAGAG